GAUUAGUGUUCAUAGUAAAAUCUAAUACAGCCCCAACCCCAAACCCCUCCUCUCUGAAACUGAAAGGGAAAUUUGGGAAUUGAAAGAAAAAAGAACCCUAGCUCCCCAGUCCCGCAGCCACCGCAGCCCUGAUCGUUGUCAUCGCCACUCUUCUUCGCUGGGUACAGGCGUCUCCUCUGUUCGAGCUCUCUCCCUCUGUGUUCGCCGGUGUUGCCGUCUCCUCUGUCGUCGCCGUCACUCCCCUUCCUCUUUCCGAGCUCACUCUGUCACCCCCGUUCCUCCCUCGGCGUCUCACCGGUAGAACAGGUAUUGGGGUAUCUUCAUUUAUUGUGUCUUAAUUAAACCGGUUGAACCAGUGAACAGUUACCUUACCUGUUCAUUGACUGGUUCAGUUCUCACAACCUUGCUCAUCUCCCUGCUCAGUGCUCACCCACGCAAACGAAACAACUUAAAGCCUAUCCAUUGUGACUAUUAUAUUAUUAGUUAUUUAAUAUUUAAUAUUCCCCGGCAACCACAACCACCACCACCAUCGCCGCCACUGCCAUGGACUUCACUCCGCCGCCGAUUGAAGACGGUUUCACGGCGGAGAAGCUAUUCAACCAGGGCUUCUCCUACACCUAUGAUGACGUCAUCUUCCUCCCUCACUACAUCGACUUUCCGGCGGAGGCUGUCGAUAUCUCCUCCCGCAUCUCCCACAACGUCCCUCUCUCUGUCCCAUUCGUUGCUUCUCCGAUGGACACCGUUUCCGAGUCCGCCAUGGCUGCUGCCAUGGCCUCUCUCGGCGCCAUCGCUAUUAUCCACUCCAACAUCUCCCCCGCCACCCAGGCCGCCGUCAUCCGCUCCGCCAAGUCCCGCCGCGUUCCCAUCCUCUCCCACCCGGUCUUCCUCCCUCCCUCAGCUUACAUUGACUCCCCGGACGACUUUGCCGAUUCUCCCUUCAUCCUCGUCACAGAGUCUGGCAACUCUAAGUCCAAGCUACUCGGCUACGUGUCAAAAGAAGACUACAUGAAUCAAAGCGACAAGAGCUUGAAAGUCCGCGAUUACAUGGCUCCCUCGACACCUAUUACGGUGCCUUGGAGCCAUGACUUGAAGGAAAUUGACAAAGUCUUGGAGGAGAAGAAGGCGAAUUUCGUUGGGCUGGUGAAGGACAACGAGGUGGUUGAUGUGGUUACCAAGGAUGAUGUUGAGAAGGUUAAAGGGUACCCAAAGCUGGCAGGGCCAGGGUCGUUGGGUGCCGACGGGGAAUGGAUGGUUGGGGCAGCGAUAGGGACAAGGGAGCAAGACAAGGAGAGGUUGGAGCACUUGGUGAAGGCUGGGGUUAAUGUGGUGAUUCUUGACAGCUCACAGGGUAAUUCUAGUUACCAAUUGGAGAUGAUCAAGUAUGUGAAGAAGGUGUACCCGGAACUGGAUGUGGUUGGUGGGAACGUGGUCACUAUGUACCAGGCUGAGAAUCUGAUCCAAGCUGGUGUUGAUGGAUUGAGGGUUGGUAUGGGGUCUGGUUCAAUUUGCACCACACAGGAGGUUUGUGCAGUUGGGCGUGGUCAGGCAACUGCAGUUUACAAGGUUGCAUCUAUUGCGUAUAAAAGCGGUGUUCCUGUGAUUGCCGAUGGUGGCAUCUCAAACUCUGGGCAUAUUGUCAAGGCUUUGUCAUUGGGAGCAUCUACAGUUAUGAUGGGAAGCUUCUUGGCUGGUAGCAAUGAGGCUCCCGGAGCUUAUGAAUAUCAGAAUGGUCAACGAGUCAAGAAGUAUAGAGGAAUGGGUUCACUAGAAGCUAUGACUAAAGGAAGUGAUCAAAGAUAUUUGGGUGACACUGCAAAACUAAAAAUUGCUCAGGGUGUUGUUGGAGCUGUUAAAGAUAAGGGUUCUGUUUUGAAGUUCCUACCAUACACCAUGCAAGCUGUCAAGCAAGGGUUUCAAGAUAUCGGUGCCAACUCUCUGCAGUCUGCUCAUGACCUCCUCAGAUCCAAGGUGUUAAGGCUAGAGGUUCGGACUGGAGCAGCGCAGGUUGAAGGUGGAAUCCAUGGUCUGGUUUCUUAUGAAAAGAAAUACUUUUGAAGUAUGAAACCAUCCAAAAUGGUUGUAAGCCAUGGUAGAAAUUAUUGUUGUAAGUUUAAAAAAGGGCAUAAAAUGUUACUCGGGCAGUCACAAGUUGCUGCCAAUGAUGUUAUUAGAAAUCGAAACAUUGUGGAUGAUGGUGGCCACACCAUGAUUUUAUGGGAUUAAUCCGAGUUAUUUUUAAA